AUGGGCUCCGAGUUUUGGGACUACUGCCAAGAAAGCUGCAUCGACAUCUACUACGCUUCCGUGGCGCAUCCCAAGUGCAAUGGCCAAGUUGAGAGGGCCAACGGCUUGAUCCUCCAGGGGCUCAAAGUCAGAAUUUUCGACCCGAUUAAAAAGUAUGGUGCAAAGUGCCUCCAAGAACUACCCAGAGUAGUUUGGGGACUCCGCAUGCAAAGAAGCCGGGCUACCGGCUACUCACCGUUCUUCAUGGUGUAUGGUUCUGAAGCAGUCUUGCCAUCGGACAUAGCUUUUGGUGCUCUGCGCAUCCAGAACUACGACGAGAACGAAGCUGAUGCAACUCGAUGUACCGACAUCGAUUCGGCAGAGGAGCACCGCCUGACGGUCUCCAUUCAGCACGCGAGAUAUGAGGAGCAGCUCCGGCGCUAUCAUGAUUGCAACGUCCACGAGCGCGACUUCAACGUCGACGACCUAGUUCUGCGAUGA